GAUAAAUAACAGAGGUUUAUAUAGAAUCAUGACUGACAUUGAACCAAUGUACCAAAGAAUAUCGGCAGCUAAAAUUGAUCCUUCAAGGCCGACUCAUCGACAUAACUAUAACAUUACUGAUUUCUUCUGGAAUUACGAAGAAAUUUCUAAGAUUCCAGGACCAAAGGCUGUCAAUCCCAAUUACUUACUGGAGGAGCAAGAGAAAGAUAGAACAAUUUUUGAAAGAAUCACUGAUUAUUUCAUGAUGUCUAAUCCCUCUCAUUGGAUAUUCCUAGUCCUCAUGGCUUUUAUCACCACUACUAUCUCUAUUGGUAUUGAAUAUGUGGUUAAGAAAAUCACCGAACAAAAGAUUCAUUGGGCAAUGGAAUCAGAUUUAGCAUAUUCUUACAGACUCUUGAUCUGGGUUGGAUCAGCCUGGGUUCUUACCUUAAUCGCUACUUCUGUCGGAGAAUAUAUCAGUAAGGAUGCUGAAGGCUCAGGAAUCCCAGAAAUGAAAUCUAUUUUAGCAGGAGUCAAUAUUUACAGAUAUCUUAGUUUUCAAACUCUCAUUGGAAAGAUCAUUGGCCUCACUGCAGCCCUUUCAGCAGGAUUAUCAAUUGGAAAGGAAGGGCCAUUUGUCCAUCUUGCAGGAGGAGUAACCAAUAAGUUAUGAAAAUUGGGAUUUUUUAAAGAUAUCCAAAAUAACCAUUCCUUAAAGAAACAAAUGUUGGCUGCUGCAGUAGCUGCGGGAGUUACUGCUACAUUUGGAGCUCCUAUCGGAGGUGUACUUUUCAGUAUUGAAGUAACAUCUACCUACUACUUCGUUAGCAAUCUUUGGAAGGCUUUCUUCUGUGCAUGCAUAGCAGUCGUAAUGAUGAAAGGGUUUUCAAAUUUAGGACUUUAUGAUUUAGCAGUCCCCCAAGAAGAACCAAUGCAAGUAUAUCAUGACAUUCAAUAUCUAUAUUAUGGAACUUUAGGACUCUUAUGAGGAGUCCUAGGCUCAGUUUUUAUUCAAGUUUUAUCUAAAUUGAUCUACUUAAGAACCAAAAUUAAGGCUCCUUUUAUUAGAAAUAGAUGGAAAUUAUGAUCAUUGAUUGGGAUUUUGACUGGAACAUGAACCUUUUGCAUUACUUUCUUUAAUACUUCUGAUAAGGUAAUUUUGAGCCAAUUAUUCUCACCAGAAAACUUAGAUCAGCAUAAAAACACUCAAUGGACUCAGCCAGCAAUCGGCUUCAAUUUAGUGGUUUUUGUAGUGACAAAAUUCAUGCUUGAAGUUUUGGCUAUCAGUAGUCCUAUACCAGCAGGGGUAUUCACACCUACCUUUAUUCUCGGGGCUGGAUUUGGAAGGCUUUAUGGUUAUAUCUUGAGACUUUUAAUUGGAGAUAGUAUCAAUGAAGCAGCCUAUGCAAUUAUUGGAGCUGCAUGAGUAACUUCUAGUGUGACAAGAACAAUUUCAGUUGCAAUGAUUGUAUUUGAACUCAAUGGGCAGUUAAGCUAUAUGAUUCCUGUAUUAUUAUCAGUCCUUCUAAGUUAUGCCAUUAGUAAUAGCCUUGCAAUGUCAAUAUUCGAUGUUUUACUUGAUAUGAAGGAUCUUCCAUAUCUUCCUGCUUUACGUAGCGUUGAGCACUAUAAAAUGACUGCAAGCCAUAUCAUGAAUAAGAACUUCCUCUACCUCACCAUAAAUUCUCAGCUCUCUGACAUUAUAGUGCUUCUACAGCAUCUUGGGCCUAGAGCAAAGAGUAUCCCAGUGGUUGAGUCCGAGGAGGAUAAAGUUUUGCUUUACUCAGUCCAAGCUCAAUCUUUAAGAAAAUAUUUAUUCUCUUACUACAACACUGUGUCGCAUACUUUAGACAAGGAGCUAAGAGAUCGCUUGAAUAAUUACUUCUACAAUCUUUACUCCAUCUCCAAUAACAAGAUGGGCAAAGGUGACAAGAAGCAGAAAGAACACCAAGAAGAAGCACUCGCAUUUUUACAGCCAGAUAGUGAUAUGAGUAACAUUGAAGAGAAUAAAGAUGACUCUGAAGCUAAACACCAUUCAAGGAAGGGCUCUUCGUUCAUUCACCAUAAAGAAAGUAUGCUAAAGAUUAGAGAGUUCAACCUCAAAUCGAUGGAUCCUCCUUCAGAGAGUAGCAAUAGUGAAAGCUCAAUCGAAGAUGAUUUCUGGAUGAUUCAUAUCAAUUUUAACCACGAAUUUUUAGAAAUUGAUAAGGCUCCCUUUUCAGUCAUGGAAGAAACAUCAAUGUCAAAGAUACAUUUCUUGUUUACAAUGCUGAACCUUUCCCAAUUGUUUGUUAUUCGCAGAGGUGUUUUAGUAGGUAUAAUAACCAAGAAUGACUUUAUGAAGAAGAAAAGAAUGGUUGUUGAGCUUCCUACUCAAGAAACAGAACCUCGAAAGAGCGAACACAAUGACAACUUACUCUCCUUUCCACUAAACCAGAUGAGUCUAAAUGAAAGAAGAUUCCAUGGAGAUAGUUCUCAUAAGGAAAUUGCUGAAGAAUCAGGAGAAGAUAGUCCAAAGAAAUCUAGUCCAGAUAGACGCUACUACUCUUAAGUUUCAAU